UGCAAGAUGAGCUGGUGUACGAGCUUUUGACUACAAACAGUGCCAACGUAAAUAAAUAUACAUAAAUUGUUAUUGUCAUAAAAUUAAUAUAUUUUUAACGCGCGUUAGGUAGAGCGUUUGCGUACACAUCCGUUGUAAUAUAUUUUAUUACGGUAAAUAAUUAAUUAAAACAAGGACUAGACGUUAUGUUAAUAUCAAGUCUAUAUCAAGCCAGUUAUGUCUGUGUGGUUUGCAGCUAAUUUUCAGUCUGUGAUUUGAUAUCAUCAAGAGUUGGAGUUUGGCCAUUGCAAAGUGGUCGUUGACUAUUGCACGUGGAGAAGGCUUGAAGGCGUCAGGCUGUGGAGCAUCAAUGACAUCCUCAUUUCCUUAUGGAUCUGGUACGUGUGACGUUGGCGUGUGGAAUAGAGAAAUGGGCGUGGCAAUAGCUGUUGAAUGUCAUUGGACUGACGACUGUCAACGGCACCGAGUUCUUACUGCAAGCUCCAGACACUGAGACUCGAGAUAGUUGGGCUGAGGUGAUCGGUGAUACGAUACGACAGCUGGAGCAAGACAAAACAAUUGCGAAUCCAAUGGUUGCUGAAUGUGACAUUCGUUCAACUCCCAGGCCAUUGCUUGAUGCUCAUUAUAGUGAACUGAUAGCCGCCGUGCAAGACCCUGAUGCCGGUGUUCCACUCGGCGAGCACAAGAAUGAACUGAAAACAUACAAAGACCGUUUUGCUGGUGUGUUGUGUGUCUUAUCCUCAUCUAAGUUUACUUGCACAAAAAUUUUGUUUGUUGCAUGUGAAAGUUGUGAGUUAAUUGAGUGGUUGUUGUCGUGGUUGUUUGUCACAAUGAGGGAGGAAGGAUGUCAAUUAUCAAACAGUCUGUUGAAUGAAGCGUAUCUACAGCCAGUGGGAGGGUUGAAUAAAGAGUCGUUCAAGAAGCAUUCGCAUUGGAAGAAGUUGGCGUUUGUGGAUGGUGUAGGAGCUUUUUAUAGAUUUUCUGCUCUCACACCAUCCAAGCCAGUAGAACAGUGUUUCAGUAAAUUGUCAAGAAAUGCAGAAUUGACCGGUUCAGAGACAGACUCGGGUUCUGAAUGUGGCAUGCAGACACAGUGUGGCACUUCAACAAUGGGUCAGUCAGGUGGAAAAAUUGUGGAAACAACAAGGCAAGGAUUCUUAAUGAAAAAGUGACAUCGGAUACACAACUGGAAAGCGAGGAAGUCUGUAUUGCACAAGGGUGCAUGUGGUUUGCUGUAUUAUCAAGGAUCUAAGGUUUAUGGCAGUUGAUCAGAGCAAAUGAAAGGAAUUGGAGACUGUUUGUUCUCACUCGAAAUGGCAACAGCUCAAUACAAAAUUGUAUCUGCCGGUCAUCCCAGUUAUGCAAGAGUUCUUGCUGAUUGAUUGUUCUAUACUACAGACGUGUUGUGACAUUCGUGAGAGUUUGGUUUUGUGGAAGACUCUCGCAGUAGCCGAUGGAGACAACCAACCUGUUGAGUGGCUAUCAAUCCACCCAGUAGACCUCGACGUGAUCAUUCCCGACUUCAUCGAAUACAGAAAGAAAUGCAAUUGUGAUGACUUGAUGAAAGGCAAUUUGUGUUGCAAAACUCUCACACAUCAGAGUGGAUCAAUGACGUUCUGUAUUGCCUGUUGUGGAUGGAGACUUGAACUUGACAAGUUGGACAACAGAGUUGUUGCUGUACACUACAAGAGUGCACGUGUCGGUCCACGGAUGCAGCUGUUCCAUGAUGUUGUGUCAUUAAGACUUGUCCAUGCGUUCUCGGCGCUAUACAAGUAGCUAAUAGGUACAGCAUCAUGUGACUUGCACUGGCGGUAUGUGUGGCUAUCAUUACACAGGAGCUUGUUGGUUGAUCUUACUAAAAUAGGGUAUAAAGCCUUAGGGGUGUGUGGUGUGUGUGUUGUAAGUAUACUUACUGUCCACACUAGACCAGAAUGGAUCGCGAUCCGAUCGCGAAUUAUAUGAUGAGAGAUCUAGCAAGUGGCUUCCUCUUCCACUGAUGACAUACAAACGGUGGUUACAUGCUGCAUUCUCAACUCAGAAUGGAGAACUCAUCACAGCCGGAGGGUUGGAUGAAGAACUCCAAACCAUCAUGUCAAUAGAAAGUCUGAAAUGUCCAUAACAUUUUGUGUUAACAAAUUACCUUAUUUUUAGUUUGUGUGUAUUUGACAUUUUGUUACGUUUAUCCGACUGUAUGUUUAUGGAAGAUACUUGGCGUGUAUGCAAGUGUAAGAGCAUCUAAUGAUACCAUAUUAUAUUAUUAUAUCACAUCAAGCUCCAUAUUCACGUUUUUCUAUCAAACAUACCUCCUUACAUCAGCAAACGUUGAGAAACCGCUCAAAUCUCAUAAAGCAAUAAUACCAUCUAUUAUCAUUCAGCAACAACAUAAUCCAUAUUCCUCGU